UUGGUUUGGUUUGGACACGCUCAUAUGUUCUUGUUCCUUUGCCCUUCUCCUCCUCCAUAUUUUCUUGUUUUGCAGCUUUUAAUUAAAACCAUAGAAAUUUUGUACACUUGUCUUCUUCUUUCCUCCUUUACCUUAACUUCUCCAUCACUUUUUCUACUGUGCUUAUUCUCUUUGAAGUGAUAAUAUGUCUUUAAGCAUAUUAUCCACCUUUUUUAGGUGAAAAAGAAAAAAAAGUGUCUUGUAAUGUUCCAAGAAUGGAAACCGGUUAUUGUUCAUCAAUCCCCAGAUAGCAAACUUUCCAUUUUCAGUUUCUUAUUUGAAAAGUUUUCUGGGUUUUAGUUAACUUACAUGAAUGAGCCACGAUAGAAUUGGGUUUCAUGAAAAGUGCUUGUAUGUUUCCGCUGUCUCUUUAUAAUGCUCUUUCUGUGGUUGUUAAAAUCUCUGUAUAAGAAUCAAAAUAGUUUUCCUGAAGAAUUUUUCUUUCUGAGUCUCAUUUUAUACUCAGCGGCUUAAAGUGGUGAAACAAUAUAGUUUUUUAAUAAGAAAAUGAUUAGUUCUUUUGAUUCUAAUGGAAGAUAUCACAAUUCUAUAUUGAUGCAUGGAUAUCUUAGAGUCUAAGUGAAAGCAUCUGAAUUCUACACUUGGAUGGUUCAGGAAAAUGACGUAUUCAAUUUACGAGUGUGAUUUAUGAUUUUCUUUUAUAUGUUCUGCUCCAACUGGCGUUGAAUUUAAAGAUAGUUAUACUAUUUCUUUAAAGAUUUGUCCAUCACUCUUUACAGAUUUAAGGUCACGUGUUUGACUAACCCCCUAAAAGGGGGAUAGCCUCUUUGGAGCCAGCUUUCAUGUCCAAGUUGAUGUAGAUUUUUUAAAUAUUUUGUUCACAUGAAACCUGGUUAAAGAAACUAUUGACGGUCCUUUUGCUUCUUGUGGCUUUGAGCGUAUGCCUCAUCAAUUUCAGUUGAUAUGGUGUCUCACACCUACAAAAAAUUUGAACUUUUGGCCUGAUAUGUGAUCAUCUCUGUCCUUCUUUUGUCACAGAUAAAAUCCAGUGAUUGAAACCAUAGCUGUGCUUACCAAAAGAAAGCAAUGGCGUAUGGUAAUUCAAGAUCUGUAAGGUUUAAAGAUGACCUUGAAUUAGCCAAACUCGCAACAGUCAAUGGAGAUGAUGUAAUUAAGCUUAAAUACAAUAUUGAUGGAACACAGUUAUCAGAGUCUAGUUCUAGAAAAUCUGAAAAGGAGAUGCCUGGGAAGAAUGGAAGAUCACUGAAAGCUAAAGUAUUGUCAAGAGUUUUCUCUGAGGACUAUGAGAGAGUGAAGAAGAAAAUAUUGGACCCUCGAGGGCCGACAGUUCGCAUAUGGACUAAGAUGUUUUUAGUAGCUUGCAUAGUUUCUUUGUUUGUAGACCCUUUAUUCUUUUACUUGCCAGUAGUAUCAAAAGAAGCUUGCAUACAUAUUGGAAUACCCCUUGAAAUUGGCCUUACCAUUAUUAGAACUAUAGCUGAUAUCUUUUACAUGAUUCAGAUUUACAUUCGUUUUCGAACUGCUUACGUUGCGCCUUCUUCCCGUGUUUUUGGGAGAGGGGAGCUUGUCAUAGAUUCUAAAAAAAUUUCAGUAAGGUACCUAAAACAGCUCUUCUGGAUUGAUCUUGUUGCUGCACUUCCUCUUCCCCAGGCAUUGAUUUGGUUUGUUAUCCCCAAUCUUGGUGGCUCAACAAUGGCAAAUACUAAAAAUGUCCUUAGGUUCAUAAUCAUUUUUCAGUACCUCCCCAGACUUUUUCUUAUCCUUCCACUUUCAUCAAGAAUUAUUAAGGCCAAUGGUGUUGUGACUGAAACAGCAUGGGCAGGAGCUGCUUAUAACCUAAUGCUAUACAUGCUGGCAAGCCACGUUUUAGGAGCUUGCUGGUAUCUUCUAUCAAUUGAGCGGCAAGAAGCAUGUUGGAGAAGUGUUUGUAAUCUAGAGAGGCCUUCUUGUCGAUAUCAAUAUUUUGAUUGCCACCAGAUGCAUGACCCUCUUAGGGAAUCCUGGUUCAAAACAAGCAAUGUCACAAAUCUUUGUAAACCAGAGAUUGAUUACUAUCAAUUCGGUAUAUUUGGCGACGCUUUGACAUUUGGCGUUACAAUUUCAACAUUCUUCGACAAAUAUUUCUACUGUCUUUGGUGGGGCUUAAAGAACCUCAGUUCAUUGGGACAAAAUCUUUCAACAAGUACUUAUGUAGGUGAAAUAACUUUUGCCAUUGUUGUUGCAACACUUGGUUUGGUUCUUUUCGCGUUGCUGAUCGGGAACAUGCAAAGAUAUUUACAAUCAACAACAGUUCGUUUAGAAGAGUGGAGAAUAAGGAGAACUGAUACAGAACAAUGGAUGCAUCAUAGGCAGCUGCCACCAGAGCUAAAACAGUCCGUCCGUAGAUAUGAUCAGUACAAGUGGGUGGCUACCAGAGGAGUUGAUGAAGAAGCUCUCCUUAAAGGUCUUCCUAUGGAUCUCCGACGAGACAUCAAACGUCACCUUUGCCUUGAUUUAGUUCGGCGAGUUCCACUAUUUGAUCAAAUGGAUGAAAGGAUGCUAGAUGCAAUAUGUGAGAGGCUGAAACCUGCAUUGUCUACUGAAGGCACAUUACUUGUCCGCGAAGGUGACCUUGUCAAUGAGAUGCUUUUCAUAAUCCGUGGUCAUCUUGAUUCUCACACGACCAAUGGUGGUCGUACUGGAUUUUUCAAUUCGUGCCGUAUUGGUCCUGGUGAUUUUUGUGGUGAGGAAUUGCUAACAUGGGCAUUAGAUCCAAGGCCAUGUAUCAUCCUUCCAUCAUCUACUCGCACGGUCAAGGCCAUUUCAGAAGUAGAGGCAUUUGCCUUGAGAGCAGAAGACUUGAAGUUUGUAGCAUCGCAAUUUAGAAGACUACACAGCAAGCAACUAAGACAAAAGUUCAGAUUCUACUCACAUCAAUGGAGAACAUGGGCUGCAUGUUUCAUACAAGCCGCAUGGCGCCGUUAUAAGAAACGAAAGGAAGCCGCCGAACUCAUAGCUAGAGAAGACCCCACAGCAGCUGAUCCUGAACCUACUUCAGCAAGCACAGGCUUAGCUAUGUAUGCUGCCAGGCUAGCAGCAAGCACUAGAAGAGGUAACAUUAAGUAUUCUGGGUCAGAAAAAAGAGCAGCGAGCUCAUUGCAGAAGCCAGCAGAACCAGAUUUUUCAGUAGAUGAGGACUGAGUCACACAACUUCUGAAGUCAGCCUCAAGCUUAUAUGUACAAAUUUAGCACUUUGUGUACAUUAAAAUUUUAUUAUUUUUGUG